AUGCGUUUCAACGUACUACUCGCUUCCUCUUUGGCAUUGGCAGCAGUUGCCAUUGCUGCACCAAUCACAAACCCCGUUUCACGUUCAUUGGUGACCGAUUUAGGCGCAGUAAUUUCAAAGAUUGAAGAAGGUGCAGGAAUUACAGCAAUCGAAGAUGAAUUAGACAAAGCAUUAGGAGGUGGUAUUUCCAAAUUGGAAGAAAAGUUAGGUGUUUCAUUCGCAGAAGAUUUCUUAAAACUUUCAAAUUCUGGCGCUUCUCCAGGCGAUCUACAAGCUGUCGGAAAGGGUAUCUAUUACCUUGAAGAAGGUUUGGGCGUUAAUGCAAUCGAUAAAUUCUUGGACGAAGAAACUGGCGGUGCAAUCACUUCAAUUGAAGAUGCAUUGGGUGUCACUGAUAUCGAAUCCGCUUUGGGUAUUGCUCCUUAA